AUGGCGGAUGCGAAGAAAGUGGUGGUGGCACACAAGCACAACCAGAAGAGUUACGACGAGGACUGCUACUCGGAAGAGUACGAGCUUCGCUGCUUCGAGGCUUGCUGGAAAUCCAGACAAAGUGCUGGCGCCAUUCGCCCCAUGGAAACGUGCGCCUUGUUUUCAUGCUGGUUCCAAUGUCUUGUUUUCUCCGACAACGAGGACUCUUCUUGCGUCUACAUCCACCGAACGAUAGGUACGGGCCGCAUGAGCGCAGAGUCCACCACUCACGAGGUGGGUGGCAAGGUCAAGGUUCAGUGGGAGGACGGAAAAAGCGAGACGUUCAACGCGAAGAUCGAGACGUGA